AUGUGGGAGAUGAUCCCCAAGGGUCCUGGGAUGGGCGAGCGAGCUAUGCCACAGGUCCUGGGACAGGCGGGCAAGGCCUGCCGCAUGACCCAGGAUGGACAGGUGAAGCUCGCCACAGGUCCCGGGACAGGGGGGCGAGGCCCGCCAUGGGUCCGUGGACGGGCGGGCAAGGUCCGCCAUAGGUCCCAAGACUGGCAGGCGAGGCCCGAAACGUGUCCCAGGAUGGGCAUGCGAGGUCCACUACUGGUCCUGAAUGGGGGGGCAAGGCCCGCCAUGGUUCCCGAGACGGGCGGGGAAGGUGCGCCAUGUGAUCCGGGACCGUCGGGCGAGGCCUGCUACGUGUUCGGGACGGGUGGGGGGAGGCCCGCUACGGGUCCUGGGAUGGGUGGGGGAGGCCCACCACUGGUCACGGGACGGAUGGGCGAGGCCCACCACGGGUCUUGUGACGGGCAGGGGGAGGCCUGCCAGGUGUCCUGGGACAGGCUAGUGAGGCUUGCUGUGUAUCCUGUGACGGGCAAGCGAGGCCCACAGCGCUUUCCAGGAUGGUCUUGA